GCCACUUGCAGCCUGUCUUAACAGCAGAUUUGUAAAGGGACGUCCAAGGAAGCUCUGCAAGCAGGUGUAGUAAGAAGUUAGCAUUUUGUUUUAGCUGUGAUGAGUUAUACGGAAAGUUAGCUUCUUUUCAUUUAUUCCACAGGCAGCCAUUUUGUCUGAAAUGUGUUUACUUUACUUGUUGGAGCUUUCUCACAUGCUUGUUGAAUUGACCUUGAGAGUCGUUUCAACUCAUUCAUUUAAUUAAUCUUUAAGCAUUGUAAUGUCAUUGGUCACACUAGGUAAUGACUGUCUUGCCAUAGAGAUACCUGUACACUGCAGCAUGUUUGAAUUUGUUUGAUUUGUCUCCAACUGUACUUUCACGUUACUAUGCAACUUUCUGAAAACACAACAGAAUUACAUACUUUGUGUACCAAGCCUUAAAAGUGACUUUUACACAUCUCAGAUGGUUUGCUGAAUUGACAAAGCCAUUGACCAGUUUGACAUUCUCUGAAUUAUUAACGAUUGGACGAAAUGUGUCCCGUUCCACGAAUCAGGACAACCAUGACUUCCUGUCGGAGGUGACCAGAUACAGUGAUGUCACAAGGAGCGUCUGGACCUAUCAGGAGAGCCUAACUCACACUCCGAGCCCUGACUGGGAACUCAAUAUCUGUGGCUCUGACACGGUACACAGUCAGGAGGACCAGUGGGACUUCCUGCCAGACCCAGGGAGGAGUGGCUCUAGCAGCCCAGCAGGGUGCUGUCUGACGGGGCCAGAGAUGACCCGGGUGGACCCCUCUCCCCACAGACCACCACACAGCUCACUGAUGGAGGAGAAGAGAGGCCGGGAGAGGUUCAGGCGACCCUCAGGAUCAAGAGGAGAAAGUGGCUACUUCUCUCCGGACAGGAAAGCCUUAUUUGAUGGUGGUCCCCAGGCUCAGGUGGAGGGUGUAUCCAAACGGCCUUACCGGCACUAUGAGAGGGGCCAUCCGCUCCCCAACAACCACAGCCCAGAACCCAAAGCCUCCAUCCCCUACCGGAACGUGAAUCUUGGAAUUCCCUCCCAGAGGAGAAGCGAUGAAACGUUCCAGCAGGAGACCUGGAGGAGCGAGUCUCCGCAGAGAUACACCUAUCAUUCCAACUUCAGACGUGGUGGCACCGAUUCUCAAGAUCAGUCUCCCAGCCCUCGUUCCCCAUGCCCAAACCGGUAUAAACUUGCUGAAUCUCGAUCUGCGUCCUCCCAACGUAGAAGCUCCCACUCCAAAAGUCACGCUCCUUCUCACACUCCGUCUCACUCAUCUCCCUCCUCGUCUCGCCAUCCGUCAGGACGGUCCAGUCCCUCUCACAGACGAGGGUCUGUCGUGUGUCACCACCCCUCCCCGUCUCGAAACACGGCCUCCUACAAACAUAUUGACUCCUCCCAUGUAAGAAAUGGUAAAACAGAGCAUUACACCAAUGGGCGUGAUCAAGAUUCAAGGGAUUCAAGAGAGUCAAGAGAUUCAAGAGAUUCAAGAGAGCCAAGAGAGUCAAGAGAGUCAAGAGGGUCAAGAGAGCCAAGAGGAUCAAGAGAGUCAAGGGAGCCAAGAGAGUCAAGAGAGUCAAGAGAGUCACGAGAGUCACGAGAGUCAAGAGGAUCAAGAGAGCCAAGAGAGCCAAGAGAGUCACGAGAGUCACGAGAGUCAAGAGGAUCAAGAGAGCCAAGAGAGCCAAGAGAGUCACGAGAGUCACGAGAGUCAAGAGGAUCAAGAGAGCCAAGAGAGUCAAGAGAGCCAAGAGAGUCAAGAGAGUCAAGAGAGUCAAGAGAGCCAAGAGGAUCAAGAGAGCCAAGAGAGUCAAGAGAGUCAAGCCGUCCCUCCCACAACUCAAACAGUCACAGUUUGGACUCUGAAAAACUGUACAAAAAUCUUGACUCCAUCUCUCGACGUGACUCUCCAGCCUUGCAGCCAAACUCCCACGAAGGGUCUCGAAGCCCCCGGCUCAGAACAGAUAAAAACCCUUCCCCAACCACUCGCAGUCGUGAUAGUCGUGAAUGCUCUCCCCCUAUAAGUGGCUAUGGUACACACAGCCAUUCACCCCAAAGAGAAACCAAGCAUAGCGACACCAGACCUGACACAGCACAGAGCUACUCAAGGAGACCAGAGAGGGUAGCUAGAGAGGAACGGACAGAGAUGCACCCCCCUAAAACCAACCCCAGCCUCCCUCCAGGCUCCUGGCAUGGCUCCUCCCACUCCCUUCUAAGCCCUGCCCUCUCUUGUAGCUCCUCCCCACCACGACUAGGCAUCGACUCCCAGCUGCUUGCCAAUUCGUUGAAACCCUACGCUGCGACCAUGGAAAUGAAUGACAGGCCAAUCAGUGACAGGAGCAAGAGUAAUAUAAGGCGGGGCCUGGAGUACCUGUUGACCCGAGAGGAGCCCAAGAGAACCGCCUCAGUGGACUCCCAGGGGAUGACCAUAGAGGACUACGUCAUUCUGGCCGACAUCCCCAGACUGGACCUGGGGUCAGAGGGAGAGGGGGCAGAGGUGCUACUGGGCCCGAGGAGGAGGACCCAGAGCCCCAGCCCACGUAGAGACCAGAGGCACAGGACACCCAGGUGA